UGCUCUCGUUUAAAAUUUGAACAAAGUGAAAAGAAAAAAGAAAAUUUUAAUAAAGCCCUUUCUUCAUAUCCUUGUCUUACCUUACUGAAGUACUACUUCUUAUCCUUCCACUCGCUAUUUGAACCAUCUCAACCAGCCUCUCGUUUCUUGGAGUUGCACGUUGUCAGGUCUCACUAAUUAUCUGUUUUUCUUUUUCCGUUGGGUAUUUUUAGACUGAAGAUUUCAGUUCAUUACCAAUCACAGUUAAUUUUGAUAACCAUCUCAAGAGGAUUGCUAUUCAAGAUGUAUAAGCAUACGAAGAAGAUCGUGGUGGUGUGCUUGUUGAUAACGGUGAUCAACAUCAUAUAUUCAUGCACCAUAGAUUAUUCGCUAUACGUGAGCUCACUAAAGAAUGAUUAUUUCAGUAAGCUAUCACCGACUUCUAAGAUCAAAGAGAUAACUCCGAUAUCGUUGAUUGGGUACCAUCAUGAUGUUCAUAAUGACUUGAUGAUUAUUCAGAAACAACCAGAUCCAAAUAAUGAAUUUAACGAUGAGAUUGCGUCUCAUUUUUGGCAGUUUAUGAAAUCGGAAUAUGUUAACGAUAAUAACGCUAAUAAAUUUGAUAUUAGAUUGAUUGAUGGGUACAAUUAUGAAAAGGACUUGAUUGAAAUACAUUCGAAUGACUUGAGACUAAAUGUGUCCCAUUUUGAAAUGAUGGAAUCGGAAAAUUUAUUAGCGAAUUACUUGGUUGAUUUUUUCAAGAAUUUAUGGACUAUAUUUGAAAAAACGGAUCCCAAGAUCCCUGGUAUUAAUAAUGGUGAUCAUUAUUCAGAAAGUAAAAAGAAUAAUAAGUAUUCAAACAACGAUGGUAAAAUGCCAGUUUAUGGCGGUCAUUUGAGAGAAAAUUAUUUGGAUGAAGCAAUUCGUACUAAAGAAAUGUUGGCUAGUUAUAUUCAACUUUCUGAACAUGAAAUUAACUCAUUAGCUAAUUCCCAUCAAUCUUUUAUUGAUCAAAUGCCCCAAGAUUUCCCUAAAGAAAUUUACGAUUAUGGUAAACCUCAUCAUUUUAUGCAAGGUGAUGGGAUUGUUUAUUUAGGUGGAGGAAAAUAUAAUCAAUUAGCACUCACUUCAAUAAGAACUUUGAGAAAUACCGGUUCUAAGUUACCAGUUGAAAUUAUUAUUCCUAAAAGGAGCGAUUAUGAUAUCGAUUUAUGUUCCAAAAUCUUACCAAAAUUUAAUGCUAAAUGUAAAAUUUUAACUGAUUAUUUACCAAAGCAUUUUGGUGAUAAGAUUAGUGGGUUCCAAUUGAAAAACAUUGCCUUGUUGAUUUCUUCUUUCGAACGUAUCUUAUACCUUGAUGCGGAUAAUUUGCCAAUCAAAAACCCAGAUAUUCUUUUCAUUAAUAAACCUUUUGCAAAUAAACAUUUGGUUGUUUGGCCGGAUUUAUGGAGAAGAUCUACAUCUCCGUUAUAUUAUGAUAUUGCUAAAAUUAACGUUGAUACCACUUCUAGAGUUCGUAAUAGUUAUCCUGCAAAUGAUGAUAGAGGUUUCAAACCAGAUGAAAUUUCAAUGCAUGAUUGUGAUGGUGCCAUUCCCGAAGCUUCAAGUGAAACCGGUCAAGUUUUGAUUGAUAAAAAAGUACAUUUCAAAACAUUAAUCUUAUCAAUGUAUUAUAAUUAUUAUGGUCCUGAUUACUAUUAUCCUUUGUUCAGUCAAGGUGCUGCUGGUGAAGGUGACAAAGAAACGUUUAUUGCUGCUGCUCAUAAAUUAAAACUUCCUUAUUAUCAAGUUAAAGAAUUCAAUAGAGAAUUUGGUCCAUUCAGAGGUGAUACUGGUAAGCACGAAGUUUUCGGCAUGGCCCAGUAUGAUCCAAUCAUUGAUUAUAUUCAAGCUAAUGAAGACGUUGAAUCUAAACCAGAAGAUGGUAAAACUGCAGGUGAUUACUAUAAUGAACCUCCAACUGUGUAUGCUAAAAACGCCGAAGAUAAAGGUAACUCUAACUAUAAAUACCAUUAUUUCAAAUCUUCAAACUUAUUCUUUUUACAUGCUAAUUGGCCAAAAUUCGAUUUAGUUGAAAUGUUCUUACGUAACUCAUACGGUAGAGGUCCAAAAGGUGAACAUGAUAAAAGAAGAAGACUUUACAGUUACGAAAUCCUCGAUGAAUUAAAAGGCUAUGAUUUCGAAUUGGAAGUGAUGUCAAAUCUCGAUUGGUGUUUCUGUAAAUUAUCAAAUAUUCAUUUAAGUGGUGUACCUGAACCUGAUUCUGAUGAAAGAAACAAAAUAUGUCAAGAAAUUACUCAACACAUUGAGUUCUUGAAACAGGAUAGACACGAUUAGUAGUCUCCCUUGGCUUUGAUAGACCCUGUUGCCUCGCCUUAUUUGCAUUCUUUACUUUUCCAUUCUUUCCGGUUGUUUUCGAGAAUUAAUCCCUCUAAUUCUACCCAACACCAUUCUGCAUAUCUUUUGUUUCUUUAUUUCCCUCCAUUUGCUCUUGUUCGUUUU